CAAUGAGGCCCCCGCUGCGGAAGCUGAAGCAGCGGUCUCGGACUCUCCCGCGGUGGCGGCGGCGGCGGCGCUUGGUCCCAUGUCCGGUAGCCGCCGUCGGCGUGGCGGAGGCGGACCGCUAGCAGCGGGUACAGACGACGGCGGUGCCGACGGCGACGUCGAGGACGGCUCCGACGGCGAGGGGGGUGCUGGCGGAGGCGGCGGCAAGCGGCGGCGGCUGCUUCGUCGUGCCGCGGUGUCGGGUCUGGGGAGCGGCAAGGAGAACAUGGGGGGACAGCCGGGGCUGGCGGCGGCGGGUGCAGGGGGCAAGGGAGGUCGAGUGGUGGCGGCGGCGGCGAAUGCGGAUGAGGAGAUGGUGGAGCUUGAGGAUGGGUUGGAGGACUUUUAGGGAGGAUUGGGGGUGCUUGUGAGGGUUGCAUGAAGGGGGCAAGGGAGUGUCUAAGUCUUUUUGUGGCAUUGGAUUGCAGCGUUGAACCGAGUCCGGUAGUCUGUGGGUGUCACUGUGAGAUGUUUGAGAAGAACUGAGCCGCUUACGACGUGUAGGAGCAGGGGUAUUACGUGAUGGUCUGAUGGAAUCAGGACAUUGUGUGAAGUCUAUAGGGGUUGGUGCUUCGGACAUUUGAGCAUUCUGGCAUUUAGGCGUGCGGUGGUGGUGGGAGAUGGGGCACUACGCGGGAGGAAGAGCUAGGGGGAAAGGGUGUUGGGGUCGGCACUUGGUGUCAAGGUUUCUCGGUUCCAUUGCAGGGCGUAAAUUUCUUGAAAACGGCUGAUCCCUCGGGGCCAUGGCUCGUACGAGCAACCCGAUUUCAUGAUACUGUUACAUGUCAAGGGAAAGUGUGAACCUGGGCCAUCCCCCACGGCACUGACUACGGG